AGUAAUUUUUUAUCUUGCACAAUAUUUUAUAUUCUCAAGAUAUAUGGAAUCUUUUUUCCACAAUAUUAAGAUUUAUUUGCAAAGUUUGUCGCAUUUUGAAACUCGGAUACUCGAGCUCCCGCAUUGCCAAUUUUAAUCUCGAGCGACAAAACGAUUUUUACGAUCGAUAAGAUUACGAUUAUCAAACGGCAAUAAAUGAAAUAAUCGAUUUAAUAACGAUAAUCAUUGAUGCCGUAAAAGCGGGAAACAAGGCGCGUUUGAAAGUUCAGUCGUUGAUGUGGUCACGUCGCGGAUAGUCGACGCGUGUUUCGCUCACGGCCGCGAACGGAAUGCGUACACCCGACGAUUAUCGAUGAUACGUCGAAAGAAAAUUAAUCCAAUUUCGCAUAUACGCGCAACGGCAUAACGUAACGCGUGAAUUUCUCGUAAACAUCGCUUUUGACGUGCGUCGUUCGUGACCCUCUCGAGAUUCUUCCCUUCCCUCCGAGCAAAUCGUCGCACGUUUCGAAACGCGCGUUUAAAAAACGAUCGAUAAGCCUCGAUGGAAAAAGCGGAAGAGAGCGAGUGAUCGCGAAAAAAACAAAUAUACCCGGCACCCGAUCUCAUCCGGUAGGCGUGUGGAAUUCGAUACCGCGGCGUGUAAUCGUGAAAACGUUUUGUGAAUGACACGAAAGCACACAGUUUGCCAACGAUUCCCCGACUGUAAAGAUAAAUCGUAUCCUAGUUUCUUGCGGUCGAUCGAUCGGCCAACAAGCUUCCCGCGACGCGGAGAUCUCUUCGACUUCGGUCUACAGCCUUAAGCGGAAAUCGUAUCCAGAUUCGCCGGGUGAAAGGAAGGCCAAUUGCGUGCCAAUUUUCCUUAAAAACUAUCACGGCGCGUAUCGACGACGUAUUGGUAUUGGGACAGAUUUUUCGAAAUAUCGCCGAUUCCGAUACUCGAUAUUCACUUGAACGAUCGGCGCUUCCGGUGUUAUCGCCAUCUAUCGCAACUAAGUAAACAGACGCUUCGGAUGAAAAUACCAAUAAAUGAAUAAAGAAACGCUAAAAAAAAAUGGACAAUUCAUUGAAUGAUCGCAACGAAUUCACUUGAAACGGGAUCGGGAAAAUUUUUUUUUUUUUUUUUUCUCGAGAAAAACGUUUUUCGAAUCGUAUCAAGAUCGAAAAUUUGAAUGGAAUCCUCGAAGAAGAUGGAAAACGCGGAGGAACAAUCUCCUCUAUUGGAGAGGAAGAUAAGUACGCCGACGAAAAUCGCUUACGCCUUGGGACAUAUUUUCAACGACCUCACUGCGGCCAUGUGGUUCUCCUACACCCUGAUUUAUUUCCAAAGGGUGGCCCUGUUGGAGCCGAUCGUUGCUGGUGCUCUUCUCCUUUUGGGUCAAAUCAUCGACGCCUUCAUGACCCCUGUCUUCGGCGUAUUGGUCGAUCGAUACCUGAAGAAAAAGAUUUGGCACAUUAUCGGAUCCGUGAUGGUCACGCUAUCGUUCCCAGUGAUCUUUGGCGGGUUUGGCAAAUCGUCGCACGCGAGCACCAUGCUUCUUUACGUGGCCAGCAUCGCCGUAUUUCAAACUGGUUGGGCAGCUGUGCAGAUAUCGCAUUUAUCCAUGAUCCCCGCGUUAACGAAUUCGUUGCUGGCACGGGCAGACUUGACCGCGAUAAGGUAUUCCGCCCAAGUCGGGUCGGCCGUUGCUGUAUUCAUCGUUACGUGGAUAGUUCUGCCCACGGAUGAGGAGGCAAUGGGGCGAUUAGUUGAAGAGGACAGUUAUAAAUUUAGAAAUAUCGUUUUGACUUUAACGUCGAUCGGUUUGAUGGCAACCAUACUCUUCCACGUGUUUCUGAAAGAAAAUUUAUUGGAGGAUCUCGAAUCGCAUAAAGGAAAUAUCGAGGAAGCUAGAAGAUUGUUCGACGGGUCUCAAAGUAGCCGAACCUCUUUGGUCGCCACGACGAUAUUACUUAGAGUGGCUAUGCUGUACGUGGCGAGCAGACUUUUCAUUACCUUGGCCACGGUAUAUUUACCAUUGUACAUAGAGGAAACGGAUAUCGAUGGAAAGGAAGCCCUCGCCACCGUCCCAUUGGUCUCCUACGUAUCUUCCUUUGUUGCCGCUUUGUUGCUAAAGUACAUAAACAAAUCGUGCGGAACAAAGGUAUGUUACUUUUUGGGCACGUUGAUUGGCAUAAUUUCCGCCACUGUCACGGAAUACGGAGGGACUUCGAAGGCGAUUUUAUACAUCGUGGCGAUUUUAAUCGGAAGUGCGAGCUCGAUCACAAUGGUCACAGCGUUGAGCGUGACGGCGGAAAUAAUUGGGCCGCGAACGGAGCGAAGCGCCAUUGUUUAUUCGAUCGUAACGUUCUUUGACAAAGUCGUUACGGGGCUCGUUGUCAUCUUUAUCGAGAAAUUGAGAUGCACGCAACCAACGUACUGUCCAAAUUAUAACAGAGAUACUUUAGCCCUUGUGUGCGUUCUUUCCAUGCUUCUCGGACUUGUCACAUUAUUUUCAGUUUCGCGAUGUUUAAAUUAAGAAUAAGUACAAGAAUUUUUCUAUAACGAGAAAAAAAAAAAAACAAGAAUCAUUGAAAUGCUCCUUACAUCCUCGUAUAUAUUUCAUCUUUCUAACCCAACGAUCACUUCAUACUUUCGUAUUUUUCCAUUUUUACGUAAAGAGUAUACGAAUAAACUUUUACAAUAAAAUUAUAUAUACGAAACAA